CCGUCUAAAAUAUGGUUCACUGAUAAAUGAAAGGCAGAAUGAUCAAAAAUGGCCGCCGUGGCAUCAAGUUGUGUUUUGACAUUUUUCAUUACCCUUUGAUGUUUGUGAUUGGAACGUUUUUUUGUUAUUGGUGAAUUCAUGCAUUCAAAGUUGCCAAGUAAAUAUUAUUUCUAUUAUGUUGUUGAAAAAAUUAAGAUCAAGGUGCACCUUAAAAGGACAAGGAAGACUUGUCAAGACGUGUCCAAACACGUUUCAAAUGGCUGCAAUCAGUGAACAGUUAUCGCAAGUGCUUCAUGUCAUUUUUCAAUGAUUAUGGGGUGGUUAAUGUAGAACUUCAUCCAUAUUCUAGGAAGUUGCUAACGAUAGUACUACACUAAAUAAUCGUAAGAGAGUGACGAAUAUAAUUUCACUUUGUAGCGAACUCUUAACAGUCAGAUUAGAAGGGAUACAAUGCGUCUCAAUUUAGGUAAUGAUGGGACAGCAUUUUGCUAGUCUCAGAGAGUUUUUUAGAAUGGAUAGCGAUAAACAGCCAGCGGAAGCACAAACGGAUGUGCUGCAUCGACCGAGUUCUGAUAUGAUAGAUGAAGAUGAAAUAAGAAGCCUGUCUGACAUUGAAAAUAAUGGAAAUGUACCUGCUUUGAAUGCAAAUAUUACUGCAACCGAUGAAAAUAAGCCUGUUGGAAAUUUAAAUAACGAACAGUUAAAUUUGGAUUUUGAUAAUCAUAAUUCCAGAUUUGAAUGUAUAUACAGUCACCCAGCAGAUUCUCAAGAAUCUAAGCAACCUUGCAGUAAUGGAAAUUUCAUUACGGAAAAGGACAUAGACUUUAAACAACAAGAGGCGUGUUGUAGUAGUUCGGGAAGUGGUAAUAGCAGUAGUUGUUCCGAUGAUAGUCCCAUAAAUCCUGCAUUAAAACGAUCCUCCAAAACACUUUCGUUUGGAAAACGAAAAAAUAAACAACGUAAUAAAGACCAAGGUCCAAUAUGUAGUCAUAUUUUAUCAUCAAAGAAGAAGCGUAGUAAUUGGGUUUUGAAAUUUAAUUGUGCUAAAAGCAAAAGUUCAAAAAAUACCGAUAUUCCUGGUCAGGGAAACAGCAACUCUGAGUGUGUGUGUACAGGUUACAGACGUACCGAAGAGCAUCCCAUGGGUGCAGGCAUUGUAUUUAACAGUAGGUCAGCACCACAGAGUCCAGUUCUGGGUCCAAUUCGGGCAAGUCCUGUAAUUGACUUAUCCAGAUUCAAUCCCGAAGAGUUUCCAAUGGAAGAUUGUGAUGAAAGAGCAAGAUUGCAAAGAGCUCGUGAAAUGGAAGAAGGCAUUGAGCCACCUCCAGGUUACAGACCUAAGUACUCAGCAGGAAUUCAAGUACAUCCAAAUGGAAUAACAGUUGACAGUUUAGCAGUAUUGUUUCAAACACAUGCAGGUAUUCAAGCUGCUGCUCUCACGGCACUGUCUCAAAUUGACUUUACAUUGAUUUCGAACAUUGAAAGACCAGCACAUACCCAGGUUGAUUAUGUACAUUGUCUUGUGCCAGACCUCCGAUCCAUAACAGCCUGCUCUUUUUAUUGGGGUAAAAUGGAUCGCUAUGAGGCAGAGCGCUUAUUAGAAGGCAAACAAGAAGGUACUUUCCUGUUACGGGAUUCAGCUCAGGAGGAGUUUCUUUUCUCCGUGAGUUUCCGAAGGUAUGGACGAUCACUUCAUGCUCGAAUUGAACAAUGGAAUCACAAAUUCAGUUUUGAUGCUCAUGAUCCAGGCGUUUAUGCGUCUGAAACGGUGUGUGGACUGAUAGAACAUUACAAGGACCCGGCUUGUUGUAUGUUCUUUGAGCCAAUGCUAACAAUCCCACUACAUCGUAGUUUCCCUUUCCCAUUGCAACAUUUAUGUCGGGCAGUUAUAACUACCAGAACAACAUAUGAUGGUAUAAACAAGUUGCAGUUGCCAAAGACCCUUAAAAGUUAUCUUAAAGAAUACCACUACAAGCAAAGAGUACGAGUCAGAAGAUUAGACACUGAAAAUGAUUUGCAAUCAGAUGGCAGACCCAUAUCAUAUUUACCUUUAAUGAACUCUGGCGAGCCACAUUCGGGUGGUUAACAGUUUUAUUUAUUGUUUUGGGUUCAAGAUUUGUAUUUACGCGAAUGGGGUAAUGUAGUGAUAAGUUCUGUGAACAGUCUUACGAGGUGUACGCACAAUAUUAGAAUAACAAUACAUCCAUGUCUCAAUUCUUCUAACUCGUAACAGUAUAAGCGAAUAACGUGUAUACAGCUAGCAAGUAUUUUAAUGUAUUCUAUCUAUUCCACAAACGGCAUACAAUAGUCCUCGAUUGCUUUAAUGUUGAUUCAGAAGGAUUUGACCCUCUUCAGAUUUAUAUUAAACAUACUCAGCAAUUACUUUUUUCAUGUUCGUUGUGUUCCAGUUUGGGGGAAGUAAAACGCGAUGGGCAUUCGCUAUUGGUUAAUCAUGAUUAUCGUAUUCUCAUGCACACUGUUAUCAUAUAUAUCAAUACGAAACUUAUAUCUAGGUGUUACCUGCAUUAUACUCAUUUUUCAAAUAACUUUAACGUAAGGAAGGAACAUAAUAUCAUACAUCAAUUUUCUAUUUACGAACAAAUCAUAAAGACUGUUGCUCUUCUUGAGUCACUUCAAUCUAUGCAGACCAAGCAUAAAUUGAUCGCAAGGGUGUGCAACAAAAUACCUUCACGAAUUGGAAUGCAGUGAGUAUUAUUCAGUAUUAUGUCAUAUAGGAAACAAUGAUGUCAAAAAAAACUGGAUUUCUCACAACAAUGAAAUUUGAUUUUAGAAAGUCAAUUUAAAGACUUGCUCUUGUUAAACAUUGAAGUUCGUGUUAUUAAUCCCAUUGUGCCUAUUUCCGUUGCGAAUAACCAAUGAAUAAAGUGUUCGCAUGUGUUUAUUGUUGUUCAGAAUGAAAGUUGCAGAAAACCUAAUGAGUAAUUAAAAAAAAAAUAUGUAAAAGGGACUAAAUCGAAGCAACAUUUAAUUUCAUUAUAAAAACUGUGUGUAAGAUUGGCAGCUAAGUGAAGACAAGUUGAAAAUGUGUAUUGAAACUGAAAUGGAUAGAAUCACUGUUUAGUUGUUAAUUAUUUUAAGAAUUGGAAAAUAUGAAUAAAAUAUGAAUAUUUAUUA